AUGGUACAUUUUGACAAAACUAUUAAAAAGAAAGAGGUAACGUCUAUGGCGUCAAACCAUCCCGCACAUUCAGUGAGUAUUCCUGAACCAGUUAGUACACCCGCUGAACCACCAUUUAAUGGAACAACACGUACAGCAAGCAAUGUUAUAUUGGGAACAGUCGUUAUCCGAAUUCGCAAUUACUUGGGCCAGUGGACUAACGUCCGGACUCUGUUAGAUACUGGUUCACAAAUAUCAGUAAUAACAAACGCAUGUGUGACGCGGUUAGGUUUACAACGUCGUCACUGCAAAACAGAAAUAACCGGGUUAUCACAGACUAUCGUAACAGCUACCAAAGGAAGUACAUGGUGCACUUUUGUGCCUAUAAAUAAAGAAAGUCCUCAGAUAUCAUGCGAACCAUUAAUUUUGUCACGCAUAACAGGUCCCAUGCCGACAAUGACAUUAAGUUCCAAUAUUCGCCGAACGUAUAGUCACAUCGAAUUUGGUGACCCUCACUUUGAUACACCUGGACCCAUUGAGUUUCUAGUGGGAGCCGAUAUUUAUGCAAACAUAUUUGGCAACUGUUCGCGUAUAAUACACACUCCAGGUUUACCGUCAGCAUAUGAGACACUUUUUGGUUGGAUAAUCAUAGGUCAGUCGACUGUCAACACUUCGUCGUCACCGGUAUCAUUACUACUUAUGGCCGAACCAUCUAUCGACAAUAUGUUAUGUAAGUUCUGGGAACUUGAAGAACCCACAAAAUCAACAUUGCCGUUCACCGAUGACCAGAAAUGUGAAGAUCAUUUCAAUCGCACUACGAAACGAGACUCUACAGGACGUUACUCAGUUUCUUUUCCGUUUCGUAUGAACCCAUCUCACCUCGGAGACUCACACGCAAUGGCACUUUCGAGAUUUUAUACUUUAGAACGCAAGUUAUUAAAAGAUCGUGAACUAUAUACUCAGUAUUGUGCGUUUAUGAAAGAAUAUGAAGAUCUUGGCCAUAUGAUCAUUGCUCGUCAGCCCGGUAAAUAUUACAUUCCCCACCACGCCACUAUGAUAGUAUCCAAUACCGUCGUCGGAUUAGUGAUGCAGUAA